AAUAUAAUGUAGGAGUGGAGAUCACCUUAGUAACGGAUGCGUCUGUAACUGAACGCACGUGCGGUGGUUUAUUAGAUAAAUAAUAUCGAUAUUAAAAAUGUGUAGGUGCAAGUAUUGGAUUGCAUUUUUUAUUUUAGGUUUAUCUUUGGAACACACGCAGACUGCUUGGUUAAAAUGUUACAGAGGUUCCAUGGACAACUAUAUGAUGACAUCACUGAGAAAUCCAACUCCACUGUUGGGAGAUCCGUGCAUUGACAGGAACCUUCGUACGAUGAUUUAUACAUUUGGAUAUCGUGGGAAGCCAAACGGCCCAGCGACCACCGCUGUCUUACAAACAUAUUUGUCAACCGGCAAGAAGAAUGUCAUUCUAUUGGAUUGGCAGGACGAGGCUAGGAGUGGCCUUUUAGGAAUUCCACUGGGAUAUGCCUUAUCUGCUGUCCCAAACGCGAAAAGGGUUGGUCAAGAGCUCGGUGCAGCUUUGAUAAUAUUAUCUCAAGCUGGUCUCAAUAUGAGUGAGAUUCAUCUCACGGGACAUUCUUUAGGAGCUCACGUCAUGGCGUAUGCGGGAAGAUGGGCCCGAGAAAGAGGCCAUGCUAUAUCAAGAAUAACAGGUCUAGAUCCAGCAAGAGCGUUGUUCGAGGGAGCCUUCGCUAUAAAGACGGGUUUGGAUCGCACGUGUGCCAAGUUCGUGGACAUAAUCCAUACAAACCCUGGUAACUAUGGUACAAGCAAGUCGAGUGGGACGGUGGACUUGUGGCCGAACUACUCGCCCGACGACGGCAUGCAGCCGGGAUGUCCGCUAGGCAGUUACAGCAUGUUUACACCCGAGGAUCUUUGUAGCCACGACCGAUCGUGGCGCUACCUGGUGGAGUCGGUGCGCAACGGAACUUCCUUUAUGGCGGCCUCUGCCGACAGUUUCGAUACAUGGCUAGGAAUGGACAAUCCACCGGCAACUAUUUAUAUGGGGGAUUUGGCGAAUACACGGGCUCGGGGCAACUUUUUCUUCACCACGAACUCUCAACCGCCAUACGAUCGAGGUAUGACGGGCGUUCUGCCUGAAGGGCAACGGGCAAGAAGAAAUUCAGCUUCAAUCACAUCAUUACUUGGAUUAUUGAAGCGGUAGACGUUUGAUAGUGUAAGAUUUUUUAAAAUAUCUUUAAAUUUUAAAGAUAUAGUGAUAUUGUUAUAAAUACCUAUAGUUAGUUUUAUUUAAACAUUUAUAAGAUAUUGUUAAGAAAAUUUAGAUGUAAUGGCCAUUAUAGUUAAGUGCUAAUAAUGUGAUGGCAAGAAAUUUAAGUGAUAAAAUUAAAUAGGAACAGAAUCCAAAUAUUCAACAAUAACUGUUUGUAGCUAAAAAUCAUGUGAUUUUAUAAGGUUGAAUAAAUUAUGAAGGAGUUUUUACCCAAA